ACUAAAAUUAAAAGAAAAAUCUUCUGACGAAGAUAACGAAGUAGCCGCGAGGACUGAAAUGAAAAAUCUCAUGAAAGACCAAAUCCCUGACGAAUACGCGAUAUAUUAUGAUAAGACUUUUUUUGAGCAGUCAGAGAAAAUCUACAAGAAAUUGAUUCCUGAAUUAAAGAAGUUGAUGAGUGGGCAUUUUAAUCUGAGAAUUAAGGCAGUCAUAAAACUAUACGAACAAAAUGAUAAUGAUAUACAAGAAUUUGAUAAAGAUGAACUUUUACCUAUCUUAGCUCAGAACGGAUAUCAUUCUAUUGAGCAAUCUGAUUCAGAUGAUGAAUUGCGUCAAAAAUUGCCAG